UCCACUCAGUGACUCCUCCCACCUUUGAAGUAUAUUUACACCAUGUUUAGCCAGUGAGAGCUCACUGAUCAUCUUCAUCAUGACCAUCAUCAUCUCUCUGCUCCUGUUGGCCUCUCUGCUGCCACACCUGACCUUCACUGCUCAUGUGAAUGUGAGUAUAGUGAAUGGAAAAGAAGCCAAACCCCACUCCAGACCUUACAUGGUUUCUAUUCAGAAGAGUGGGGACCAUAUCUGUGGUGGAUUCCUCAUUUCUGAUCAGUUUGUCCUGACUGCCGCACAUUGCUGGACCGGACGUAAUAUUCUGAUGGUUGUUGUUGGAGCUCAUGACUUAAGGGACAGCAAGAGUUCAGAUCACAUCAGAGUGAUCUCCUACAUCCCUCAUCCAAAAUAUAAAUCCAAUCCUAAUCGAAAUGAUGAUGACAUCAUGCUUUUGAAGCUAGAGAAAAAAGUCGGUCCAAACAAUGUUGGAGUGAUACCAUUACCAAAGCAUGGAGAAGACAUCAAAGCAGCCUGUAGUGUUGCCGGCUGGGGAAGACUGAAGGCUAAUGGCCCAGGAAGCAAUGUUCUAAUGGAGGCAAAAGUGUCCGUAAUGAAUAACACAGAAUGUAGAAAUAGAUGGGGAGCGAUAUACUCAGUCUCAAAGAUGAUCUGUGCAUAUGGCUGUGGUGGAACCUGCAAAGGGGAUUCAGGAGGUCCUUUGGUUUGUGGAAAAACUGCUGUUGGUAUCACAUCUUUCGGUGACCCACGCUGUAAUUCACCUAAGCUUCCUAAUGUGUAUACUAAGAUUUCACAAUAUAUUCAGUGGAUCCAGAAAGUAGUUGGAAAUGUAUAGUGACUUCAUGGAAACUAAAGAAGGAAGAAAUGUUAUUCUUGAAUCAUUCCAUAAACAUUCUUUCAAUAAAAGUAUCACAUGGGAAGCAUCAA